AGCUAAGUGGAGCAGUGAUCCCUGCGUGGGGAGUAUGUGAGGAGGGAGCCUUGCAGGGAGAGUGUCUAGCAGAGGGCUGGGAAUGUGCGCACUCUGAGCAUGCUGUCAAUGCAACAGUUUGCUUCCCUUCCUCCUGAAGAGACCUACCGACCAGUCAUCUGCACAGACAGGGUUUUUGGAGCAGAUGAAGAUAAUAUGGGGGAUGGCUGCCCUCAGAAGCCGGCCUCUGCCAAGUACCUCCGUUUACUGCUGCUAAUACUUAUACCCUGCAUCUGUGCUUUCAUUCUUUUGCUGGUGGUUCUUCUGACAUUUGUAGGUAUAUUAGAUAAAUCCUGUUUAGACUUUAAUAGGACUGACCCACUAAGCAACAGCAUUGGUAUGGGAUCUCCUCACAUUCCUUUCUUAAAGGUGGAUGAAAACACGACAGAUGGGACAAUCAGAAAAGUGUUGUAUAGACAUCCUCUGCUCGAGAAUGCAUCUACAACGCAACUUGACCAAAGUCAUACAAAUGUUACUAGAGUAAAAGAAACUGUCCAGCAGAAUCCAUCAUCCCCUUUCACGGACAGCACGUUUGAGCAAUACAGAACAAAAAUGAACGUGACAUUGACCAAAGAGCACAUAGAAGUUGUUGGCACGUUGGAAAACACAAGCACUUGGCCUUCUCCAGUUAUGGGUCUUACUGCUAUUACUCCAGCUCCAAGCUCAGAUGGUCCUGGAUUUGUAGUCAGUGAAGAUACCUGUUUAAAUAUUACACAUAACCAGUGCCAAAUGCUUCCGUACAAUCACACAGUCUCAAAAUCUGUGUAUUCAUUCGUCAAGAGCAUUGAAAUGGAAAUUUUCCUCAAGUUGUUCAACUAUCUGAACCGUCUCAGCUGCUAUCAGCACAUCAUGCUUUUCGGCUGCAGCCUUGCCCUUCCAGAAUGUGUCAGUGAUGCUGGUGAAAGUUAUACUCUACUCCCAUGCCGAUCAUUCUGUGAAGCUGCACAGGAAGGCUGUGGACCAGUGCUUGAAAUGGUGAACUCUUCGUGGCCUGAAUUCCUGCGAUGCUCCCAGUUUCAGAACAAAUCAGACAAUAAUAGCACCCGUAUGUGCUUCUCACCACUGCAAGAGAAAGGAAACCAGUCUCUUUGUGGAGAACCAGACAGCUUCCAGUGUAACAAUGGAAUUUGUGUGCCCGACAAAUUGCUGUGCAAUGGAUACAAUGACUGUGAUGACUGGAGCGACGAGGUACAUUGCAACUGCAGUGAACACCUAUUCCGAUGUAACACUGGGAAAUGCCUGAACCACAGCUUGGUAUGUGAUGGAUAUGAUGACUGUGGAGACCUAAGUGAUGAGCAAAAUUGUGAUUGUAACCCGUUACAAAGUUAUCGGUGUGGAGAUGGGCGAUGUAUAACAUUGAAGUGGGUGUGCGAUGGAGACCAUGACUGUGCAGACAAAUCUGAUGAAGUCAAUUGCACGUGUCACAGUCAGGGUCUGACAGAAUGUAAAAAUGGGCAAUGCAUUCCCAGUGCCUUCCGCUGUGAUGGAGACAGCGAUUGUAAAGAUGGGAGCGAUGAAGAGAACUGCACUGAAAAUAAGGGUCACUCAUGCCAAGAAGAAGAUCCAAAAUGCGUUUACCCAGCGUGCUCAGGGGCAUGUGCCAGUGAUCCAAACUGUGGACUACCUCACAACAAGACCAACUGCAGUCAGUGUGAAGCGAUAACGUUGGAACUGUGUAUGAACCAACCCUACAACUACACUCAUUUUCCAAAUUACCUUGGCCACAGGACUCAGAAAGAAGCCUCUAUAAGCUGGGAGUCCUCUUUGUUCCCAGCUCUCGUUCAAACCAAUUGUUACAAGUAUCUCAUGUAUUUUGCCUGCACCAUUCUGGUACCAAAGUGUGACCCUCAGACAAGACAACGCAUACCACCUUGCAGGUCACUUUGUGAACAUGCCAAAGAGCGAUGUGAAUCUGUACUAGGCUUUGUGGGACUGCAGUGGCCAGAAGACACAGACUGUGCCCAGUUUCCAGAGGAAAAAUCUGAUAACCAGACCUGUCUCAUACCCGAUGAAGAUGUAGAAGAGUGUUCACCCAGCCAUUUCAAGUGCCGUUCUGGACGUUGUAUUUUGUUGUCCCGAAGGUGUGAUGGAGAAGCUGAUUGUCAAGAUGGGAGUGAUGAAGAAAACUGUGGUUGUAUGGAAAGGGGUCUUUGGGAAUGUCCAGUGAACAAGAUGUGCAUCAAACAUUCAAUGAUUUGUGAUGGGUUUCCAGAUUGCCCUGAAGAGUUGGAAGAAAAAAACUGUUCAUCUUGCUCAAGUGAUGAGCUUGUUUGUGCCAAUCAUGAGUGCAUAUCCCGUGAUCGGUGGUGUAACGGUGUGGUGGAUUGUACAGACAGAUCAGAUGAAUGGAAGUGCAUCUCUAUGUCUGAAAGUGAGAGCUCUUUCCUCACCAUCCACAGGUCUGCAUUGGACUAUCACGUUUGUGCUGAUGCAUGGGAGGAGGAGUUAACGCAAUGGGUCUGCAAGCAAAUGGGUUUAGGGGGCCCGUCCAUGACAGAAGUUGCACUAGAACCCGACCAUUCACAACAUAAUCAGUGGCUUCAUCUGAGGACAGACUGGAAAGCAAAGAAUGGAUCGACAUUUCAUGAACUGCUUAUAAAAGGGCAAACCUGUGAAAGCCAAAGCAGAGUGUCUUUAAUAUGUACCAAAGAAGAUUGUGGGCAUCGUCCUGCAGCACGAAUGAGCAAGAGAAUCCUUGGUGGGAGGACCAGUCGACCUGGCCGGUGGCCUUGGCAGUGCUCUCUCCAGAGUGACCCUAGCGGACACAUAUGUGGUUGCGUUCUUAUUGGGAAAAAAUGGCUGCUGACUGUUGCACACUGCUUUGAAGGGAGAGAAAACGCUGCCGUGUGGAAAGUAGUAUUUGGAAUCAACAAUCUGGACCACCCAUCUAGUUUCAUGCAGACUCGUCUAGUGAAGACCAUUAUUCUCCACCCAAGAUACAAUAGAGAUGUGGUGGACUAUGACAUUAGCAUUAUUGAACUGGAUCAGGAAAUUGUUGAGACAAGCUACGUAAGACCGGUGUGCUUGCCUACCAAGGGUCAGUUGGUUGAGCCAGAUACGUACUGCUACAUCACUGGUUGGGGUCAUAUGGGCAAUAAAAUGCCAUUUAAACUGCAAGAAGGAGAGGUACGCAUUAUUUCCCUGGAACGUUGUCAAUCUUAUUUCGACAUGAAGACCAUUACUUCAAGGAUGCUGUGUGCAGGCUACGAGUCUGGGGCAAUUGAUUCUUGCAUGGGAGACAGCGGAGGUCCCCUUGUUUGCGAACAAGGAGGAAAGUGGACAUUGUAUGGCCUAACGUCUUGGGGAUCUGUUUGUUUUUCCAAAGUUGUGGGACCUGGAGUUUACAGCAAUGUGUCCCACUUUGUUGAGUGGAUUGAAAGACAGAUAUACAUUCACAGCUUCCUAAUGAACUAAAGUCACUGCCUCCAAUAAUGAAAAAGAAAAAAAACAUAACAGAAAGACUAGCGAAAAAAAUUGCCUUAACCGCCAAGCAGGUUUUAUGUGUGGAAAUACUUAUGGGUAUCAAUGAAAAUGAUAUAUCUAUAUUUUUUGUUUUUAAUAUUGAGUAUUUUAGUCUAAAGCUUUCUGACUUUUGUACAUAUGUUCACGAUUUUUUUUUGCUGUGUAAGCAUUCCUAAAUGAACACAGGAUAUGAAAAAAUGUAAUGCUGUUGUCAUUUUAUAUGUGAGAGUUGUGUGGCGGAUAUGUGGCUUCCUGGACAUGUGAUAGUUGUCGUGUCAGGUCUACCUUGCGGUGAUUAACAAUUAUUGCAAGUUUUUGAGAUUAGCUCACUGUAGACCAAGCUUAGAUAGUGGUCUAAGGUACCCAAAUCUUUAGUUAAGUUAGCUGUCAGAACAGUUGGACAGAAUUGCUCACAGCCCAAGCAAUACAAAUUCCCAUUGACAUUUUUUGUUAAAUCUGAUGAGUAAAUUCCUGGGUAAUUUGAGAAGCACGACACUCCAAUUAAAAUGUGACCGUUGAGUGUUACCUACUUUCCUGUAGCUAAAUAGAUUUCACCAAGGAUAGACUUUUGCGUCAUAUUGCUAGUCGGAAUGUUUAACGAACAAAUACGUUUUUAAAACAGUCCAGAAACAUUGAAAGAUAUUUAUAAUGGUUGGGAAGGCUAAGCAAGGUGAUUUAAAUGGGUAUAUAGCAUAUACAACCUUGCUGCAAACAGAUCUAGAGACCUAGGUGUGUAGGUGAAUCCAUUGUACAGCGCUACGGAAUCUGAUGGCGCUAUAUAUAAAUAAAA